AUGACAUCGAAAGCGACAGAAUCUCUGCCUGUAUCAUCCAUCCCUAUCUUUACGACGGUAGCGGACUAUCGGGCAUGGAGAAACAAGGCAUUUGCAGAUGGAAAGACGGUCGGAUUCGUGCCCACGAUGGGUGCACUUCAUGAUGGCCAUCUAUCUCUUGUGAGAGAGUCUCUAGCCCACAACGAUCUGACUGUUGUGUCGAUCUUCGUAAACCCUGCACAAUUUGCUCCCCAUGAAGAUCUGGCAACAUAUCCUCGUACUUUACCCAGAGAUCUAGAGCUCUUGGAAGCAGAAAAAGUACCAAGCGCUGCUUCUCCUUCAGAGGUGCAUACACCCUCUGCCGUGUUUGUGCCAACGGUAUCGGAGAUGUAUCCCUCUGGUAUUGUCCAAAAUGUUGCAGAGCAAAAGGGCACCUUCAUCGAAGUUAAAGGAUAUGGUCACCAGAUGGAAGGCGUCAGCAGGCCUACUUUUUUCCGAGGGGUCGCUACAGUGGUCACAAAAUUGUUCAAUGUGGUUCAGCCCACGAAUGCGUACUUUGGACAAAAAGAUAUCCAGCAAGCUUUGCUUCUGAAAAGGCUAGUUCGGGAUCUACUCCUUUCACACCCGGAGCCGUCCAACCUUCAUAUUAUACCCACCACACGCGACUCGACAACUGGAUUGGCACUUUCAUCGAGGAAUGCCUAUCUCUCUACCGAUGGCUACAAAGUGGCUCCCACUCUUCGUCAGGCAUUGCAGGCUGCGGAGGCUGCUUGGAAUGCUGGACAUUCCAAGAAAAAAUGCAUCGAGGCUGCCAUCGCUGUCGUCGAGAGCCGAAAAGCCCAAGCCCAAACCGAAGGACUGGACGUGACCAUGAAAUUGGACUAUCUAGAGAUGAACAAUGCGCACACCUUUGACAUUCUCGACCACCAAUUAUCAAAGAAGGAUGUGGAUCUUGUGAUAUUGAGUGGUGCACUCAACGUCGACAAGACUCGUUUGAUCGAUAAUAUCCUCCUUGGCGAUACUCAGCAAGUUUUGGGCUAA